AUAAAUCUUCAUAAAUAUUCAAUAUUAAUGUUAAAGCUCGUUGUUUCCAUCACUUCACGGAUUCAAAACUUUCGAAACUGAAAAAUUUCGUUUCCUUUGUCCCCAACUCUUCGACUUGUUUCCUAACUCGAAGUAACCUGAUCAUGAAGACGAAUUCCAGAUUCAAAUCUCUUUAGGAGUUUGGAAACCUAGGUCUCUUUCCUUCUAUAUAUAAAACCGUUCUCUUCUUUUCUUUGACUCCCAAUUCCAAGCAGAACCACUCUUCUUUAUUCUGUAUUUCUUUGUUUCUUGAUCUUUGAAGCAUCGGCGAAGAUGGUUAAUACGGAAUCCGUUCGGACUGUCAUCGGCAUCAUCGGGAAUGUCAUUUCAUUCUUCUUGUUUGCUUCUCCAAUGCCAACCAUAUACAAGAUAAUCAAGAUGAAGGCGGUGGAGGGAUUUGAACCUGACCCGUACCUUGCAUCUAUAUUGAACUGUAUGAUGUGGGUCUUCUAUGGUCUGCCCUUUGUGCAUCCCCAUAGUUUUCUCAUCAUCACUAUCAAUAGUGUCGGACUUGUUUUGGAGCUCAUCUAUAUCCUCAUUUUCCUCAUCUACGGCAACAACAAAAAGAGAAUUAAGAUAGUCGUGGUGUUGUUCAUUGAAAUAGUUUUCGUAGCAGCGAUAGUGGUCAUUACAAUGCUAGUUUUUCACACUACCACUAGGAGGUCUCUGUUUGUUGGUCUCAUCUGUGUUGUCUUCAAUGUUUGCAUGUACCUAUCGCCACUCCUUAUCAUGAAAAAGGUUAUCACGACAAAGAGUGUGAAGUACAUGCCAUUCUAUCUCUCACUGGCUAAUACCAUGAAUGGCGCAGUCUGGACGACCUAUGCGCUCCUCCGUUUCGAUCCAUACGUCUUGACAGGGAAUGGUAUUGGAACAUUAGGAGGCAUUGCUCAACUGAUACUAUAUGCAGUCUACUACAAAUCAACCCCAAAAGACGAUGAAGCUGGGAAUGCGAAAAAGGCAUCUGAAGUGGAGCUAUCAGGUCAAGAGACGAUUUGACACCAAUUGAUGAUCAUCACACAGGAACAAUUUCAAUUUCCUGUUGUGGAUGAUUGGAUUUGUUCGUUAUUCAUUCUUUUAUUGAUUGUUUUUUGUUGUUGUUGUUGUUGUCGUCUUCGACAACGUUUUUGCUGCGACUUGCUUGUGAAAUUUUGGUUAAACACUUCGAUUAACAAUAGUAAGCCGUUAAUGGCACUGUUUUUUUCCCAAAUUUGAUAUCUCAGUUGUGGUUUCUUCUCUAGUUUAUGGAAAUCCAUACAGAUAAUCUUUA